CUCGCUCUCUCUCUCUCUCAGAAUCGUCGUAGUUUACAAAAUCUUACCUCAGCUAAUUAAUAUAUAAUCAAGGAACUUACAUAAAGAGAAUCACCAACUAGAACGAUGAAUGAUGUGGGGCGAGAGAAUUGGCACUUAAUCCACUGCCCGUCAGCUUUGUUCUUCACUUCCAGUCCGUCCACUCCAUUUUGGUACAAUAUGGUGAUCAUGUCCUUGUCAGUGUGGGGAUGCAUUCCUUGUUCUUCGUCACACGUCUGAGCCGCUUUAUAUUUCAUCAUCCUCAGCAGGUAAAUUGUGGACUUGAGGUGUUCAUCCACGUACUUCUCGAGCCCAAAGCUCUCGACGAUCAUUCUCCUUACCAUUUGAUCAAGUAC